AUGGGGUUGACGAAGUUAUAUCCAGUGUAUUAUAAUUAUAAUCCUAAAUGUCCCAAAACGGAAAAUUUCGCUUACGAAAAACAUUUAGUAUGUGGCACGUAUAUAGCGAGCAUGUCAAUUGGAUGGGUCAACGCAGCAUUAUUCGUAAUAUCAACAAUAUUUUCAUAUAAACUAUCAAAAGAAUUAGAAUGGAGGGGAACCAUAAAUUCAUUAAGUAGAAGACAAUCGGUUGCAAGUCAAUUCAGUAGGAGGAAUAGUACUCGAAGGACCUCAAUUCGAUAA